UUCAACAACUUCAACAAUUUCAACAAUUUCAACUAUUCCAACAAUAUUAUCACCUACAGAACCACUUACAGAAUCACCUGUAGAACAAAUUAAUCCUAAUCCUAAUCCUAUGAAUUUGAAUAAAAUCAAACAACAAACUCAAUCACCAAAGAAUUCAAGAGAUGAUUCUUCUAAGGAUUCACGUAGAAAUUCAUUGAAAGAUUCAUCUAGAGAUUCUUAUAAUAAAAGUAGAGAUUCAACACAGGAUGCUAUUAAAGAAUCUUCUUCAACAUCUAUUAAGAGUUCUUUUAAUAAUAGAGAAAAUAAUAAUAAUAGAAAUAUUAUUACAAAGGAUUUCAAUAAAAAUAUUGUUAAAAGUAUUUCUAAGGAUUCAAAUAAAAGUAACAAGGAAUUACAGAGUUUGGAAGAUAAUGCCUUAGAAUGGAAACAAAAAUAUAUGGAAUUAUUGAAUCAAAAUAAAUUGCAAGAAGAAAAAAUAGAAAAUCUUACACAAGAAAAAGAUAAAUUUUGUAAGAAAACUAAUGAACUUAGUUCAGAACUUGCUAAAACAAGAACUCAACUUGGUGAAAUGCAAUCAAAACGUAAGAGAACAUUACUUGAAGUUCAAAGUAUUGAAUUGGAAAAAACUCGAAUGGAGAUGUCAGGAGUUCAACGUGAAAAUACUAAAUUAAUAACAGAAUUGGAAAGUAAAGACCAGGAAAUUAACAAAUUGAAAAAAGAAAUAGAUUCAUUGAAGAAUAAUUCAAAAUCUUUGAAAUCUAAGAUUAAAAAUUUAGAAACCGAAAUUCAAAUCUUUACUAGUCAACAAAGAUUAAGUUCAAGUAGUAAAACCUCAAAGAGAACUGAAUCAUUAGAAAUUCAAGUACAACAAUUGGAAGAUAAAAUCACCACUUUACAAUUACAAUAUAAACUUAAAGAACAAGAAUUAAAGUUGGCUCUUGAAGAUGAUAAAUAUCAUCAGGAUAUUACGAAUCUUUUAUUACAGAUUAAAGGGAAAACUAGAGAAGAAAUGGAUAAAAUACAUUUAGCCAGAAAAAAUAGUGCUCAAUCAAAGUUGAAUAAUCAUCCAAGUAUAGGAGAAAAUACUUCGAAUGAAUUAAGUAUUGCUCCGGACAAUCAGAAUGUUUCAGAAACUGAAAACAAUCCUAAAGAAUCAUCAUCAUCAAUAAAUAAUACAAAUACUACUUCAAAUGGAGAUAAAUCUUUCCUCGGAUACUAUGAUUCAGAAUUAAAUGAAUUACCUGGACCUCCACUUGGAAGUGUUAUAAGUGUUUCAAGUACCUUUAAUUGUCAUUGGGAUAGUUGUAAAAAAGAAUUUACAAGCAGAGAGGAGUUAAAAUCGCAUUUGAAAUUUUAUCAUAAUUUAAAUCCAAAUUUUCCUAAUGUUAUCGAAAUUAAUGAUUAAAAUUACCAACUCAUAGUCUGAUUGAACCGUAUUUUUUGUUGUUUAUGUGAUAAGGAAAAGAUGUGAUAGGUCAGAGUGUCAGAUUAAUAUAUAGGACAUUAUUAUUUAUAUUAAAAAUUUUUUUGGUUAGUUUUCUACUUAUGUCUUUAGUACUUACUCAAGUAUAUAUAUGGUUUUUUUUAAAAAAAUCCUUUUGUUUAGUUGAAAUUAGUUUAUAUAUGAUUAUACGAAAAUAACAUUUGUUAAAUAGAGAGA